AGAAAUCCCACAGAUCCCAUGUCAGAGAUUCCCACAGAUCUCACGUCAGAGAUGAUUCCCCACAGAUCUCACGUCAGAGAUUCCCACAGAUCCCAUGUCAGAGAUUCCCACAGAUCUCACGUCAGAGAUUCCCCACAGAUCUCACGUCAGAGAUUCCCCACAUAUCUCACGUCAGAGAUUCCCAAAGAUCCCGUGUCAGAGAUUCCCCAUAGAUCCCAUGUCAGAUUCCCACAGAUAUCGUGUCAGAUAUUCCCCACAGAUUCCACGUCAGUUUCCCAACAGAUCCCGUGUCAGAUUCCCACAGAUACCAUGUCAGAUAUUCCCCACAGAUUCCACAUCAGAUUCCCAACAGAUCCCGUGUCAAAGAUUCCCACAGAUCCCACGUCAGAUUCCCCACAGAUCCAGUGUCAGAGAUUACCACAGAUCCAGUUUUAGAGAUUCCCCACAGAUCCCAUGUCCUAGAUUCCCACAGAUCCCGUGUCAGAGAUUCCCCACAGAUCCCGUGUCCCAGAUUCCCCACAGAUCCCAUGUCAGAGAUUCCCCACAGAUCCCAUGUCCUAGAUUCCCACAGAUCCCAUGUCAGAGAUUCCCCACA